AUGGCGGGCCCGCUGCGGCUCCUGGCGCUCUGGGCCGCCGCGCUGCUGCUGCCGCCGCCGCCCGCCGCCCCGCGGAGGCCGCCGCCGCGCUGCGCGCCGCCCUGCAGCUGCUGGCGAGAGUCGGCGCUGUGCGUGGGGGCGGCCGGGGCGCCGCGCAGCCUGCCCGCCGGGCUCGGCUCGCUGAGCCUGGUGAACGGGACCUUCUCCGAAGUCAAGGACAGGAUGUUCUCCCACUUGCCCUCCCUGCAGCUGCUCUUGCUGAACUCAAACUCCUUUACUAUUAUACGAGAUGAUGCCUUCGCUGGUCUCUUCCAUCUAGAAUACCUAUUCAUUGAAGGAAACAAAAUAGAAACCAUAUCAAGAAAUGCAUUUCGUGGCCUUCGAGACCUGACCCACCUUUCUUUGGCCAAUAACCAUCUGAAAACUCUGCCAAGGGAUGUCUUCAGUGAUUUAGAUUCUCUCAUUGAACUAGAUUUAAGGGGAAAUAAAUUUGAGUGUGACUGCAAAGCCAAGUGGUUGUUUUUGUGGUUAAAGAUGACAAAUUCCACUGUUUCUGAUGUCCUGUGUAUUGGUCCAGCAGAAUAUCAGGAUAAGAAGUUAAAUGAUGUGACAAGUUUUGAUUAUGAAUGCACCACUACAGAUUUUGUUGUUCACCAGAUUUUGCCCUACCAGUCAGUGUCAGUGGAUACAUUCAACUCUAAAAAUGAUGUGUUUGUAGCCAUUGCACAGCCCAGCAUGGAGAACUGCAUGGUGCUCGAGUGGGAUCAUAUUGAAAUGAAUUUCAGGAGUUAUGACAACAUCACAGGUCAGUCCAUAGUGGGAUGUAAAGCCAUUCUUGUUGGUGAUCAAGUCUUUGUGGUGGUGGCACAGCUCUUUGGUGGCUCACACAUUUACAAGUAUGAUGAGAGCUGGACAAAGUUUGUCAAAUUCCAGGAUAUUGAAGUAUCUCGCAUUUCCAAGCCAAAUGAUAUAGAGCUUUUUGAGAUAGACAGUGAAAUGUUUUUUGUCAUAGCAGAUAGCUCCAAAGCAGGUUUGUCAACAGUGUACAAGUGGAAUAACAAAGGAUUUUACUCAUACCAGUCCCUUCAUGAGUGGUUCAGGGACACCGAUGCUGAGUUUCUUGAUAUAGAUGGGAAAUCGCAUUUGAUCCUCUCUAGCCGCUCACAGGUUCCCAUUAUACUCCAGUGGAACAAAGCUUCAAAGAAGUUUGUCCUGCAUGGUGAAAUCCCCAACAUGGAAGAUGUCCUGGCUGUGAAGAGUUUCAGGAUGCAAAACAACCUGUACAUAACACUCACAAGAUUCAUUGGGGACUCCAGAGUUAUGAAAUGGAAUAGCAAACAGUUUGUGGAGAUUCAGGCUCUUCCGUCCCGAGGAGCCAUGACGCUGCAGCCUUUCUCCUUUAAGAAUAAUUACUACCUAGCCCUGGGAAGCGACUACACCUUCUCCCAGAUAUACCAGUGGGAUGGUGAGAAAAAGCUCUUUAGGCUAUUUAAAGAAAUCUAUGUGCAAGCACCACGUUCUUUCACAGCUGUGUCAACGGAUCGAAGAGAUUUUUUCUUUGCCUCUAGUUUUAAAGGAAACACACAAAUAUUUGAACAUAUAAUCAUUGACUUGAGUUUAUGAAAGCUGCUGGAAUGAAAUUCCUGUAGAAUGACAUUUAUAUACAAGCAAAACAGAGACCUUUUCAAGAACAGGGUGCACCUAUGGAGUAUGAUGACAUUUUCUGAACUUUUAAAACUUGCAUAUUAAUCAGGGAGUGCAUUUACUUGAUUGCUGCAUGAGAUGUCUGUUUUAUAUUUUUUCAAAGACAUUUUGCAACCUGCAGCCAUUCAGAGGAGAGUGCGGUGCAUUAGCAUUAAUUUUGAUAUCUUAGAAAAGAUCUGAAUUCUAUCCAGGAAAAUACCAUAAAUUGAGCAUCUCAUAGAGAAAAGGACAAGGAAGCCGUACCAUUUCUGUGCCAAAGCACAGAAAUGCUUUUGAGUCUUAAACUAACAUCUCAGUAAAGGUUUUAAGAUUAGAGGCAGUUUUUUAUGGUUGCUGAUGAAUUGUAAAAGCAAAUGGCAACAUUCCAGAAUGUGCUUUAUUCUGGUUACUUGAGCCCUAUUCUCAAAAUCUGCAUCUAUUUGUGUUUAUAACAAGACCUGGAGGUUUUAACUCACUGCAGAUGAAGCAGAAAGUCAAAAUCUGUUACUAUCUUUCUUUUCUUAAUCACUGUUUCAGCAACAAAUUGCACGUAGCAAAUAGCUCAGCCCAGAGAACUUGGAUGGCCAGGAAAUAAAGGUGUGUCAGUUCCAAACCGUGUGAUCUUAACAAGUUAAUAUGGACAGAAAGUAAAAGAGAUCUGGUUGGUGCCAUGAAUGAAAACAAUGCAGAUUGAGUCCACUUUGUGUACUAAUAGGCAUUCCAGAAUGACCUAGUUCAGACUUUUCUUGAUGGUUCCAGUACAUUCGGGGGUACAUUAGCAAAGAGAUCAGUUGACUUAUUCUUCCAUGAGACACAGCUUAAACUGAAUCUGUAACAUACAUUCAUGUUCUCCAUGCUGUGCCUCAUCUCUACGCUGUGAGAUGAUUUAUUCUCUAGAGCUCUUCCUCCAGCACAACUCACAAGCAAUAAGUUCAGGUUUCAUUCAUCAUAAGCUGUAUCUGGGGAGUCCUCCUGGCUGAGGACCAGAUAUGACUUCAAUAUCACCAAAUCUUUUGAAACCAGGGCAACUGGAGCUGUUCCAAGCUAGACUGUUUUCUGCCUCCAAGAGCAAGAGUUUCCUCUUGGUGGCUCCAGGCUUUUGCCAGGUUGCCAUGCUGCUGGAGGUCUUGCAGGUUAAACAGUAAGAUGUGAACGGACCAUAUUGCUUUGGUAUUUUGGGUGGCUACAGACUAAGGCAUUCAUUCAUCUUAAAUAAGGCAGUCCUGUCCUGGUAUGCACUGAGCCUCUGUCAGGAUAGCAGCUGGCAUCUGUUUUCCCGGAAAGGCUCUCUAACAUACUAACCAACACAGCUGUACACAGAGGCUUUUUCUUUUUUCCAUGUAUAAAUUAUGCUUUUUUAUAUUUUCAUGUUAUGUAGCUUAUCAAGUUAUUUUCUCAUGGAUUUUGCUGCUGCAUUUCUGCCGUGGAGACUUCAGCAAAAGAAGCAGAGCAAACAAAGCUUUCCUUUGUUCUUCCGUAUUUGAGAGCAUCUCACCAUCUCUGCUGUGUGAGCUUCACGUU